CCUCUCAUUGCUUCCGUGAGCAGAUUAAGCUUUGCAACAUGGUUGGAUUUAAUAAAAUCAAUGGUGCUAUCUUGAUACUCUUGCUUGUCAUGGUCAUGUCUCAACCUGCACAUGCCAGGCUCUUAGGUGGCUCUCUACUGCACAACGUCGAUGCUAUCCAGCAAGGACCAGACCUAGCUUUCUCGGGAGGAAAUGAUGUCUCAGAAGGGGAGGAAGUUAACAAGUACAGGCCCUUGCUGCUCAAUCUCCUUCCAAAGGGUCCCUUGCCUCCAUCUGGCCCUAGCAAGCGCACCAACAAUGUCGUUAACUAAUUUUUGUCGAUGUAUGUCAUCAGAUUCUAGCUAUUUUUCAUAUUUUUAUUCUUUCAUGCUCUUCAUUAAUUCUUUCUUUCUUUCUUUAAUUCAACGUGCCUAUAAAAUUCUUAGGCUAGCUGGUGUAAGAUACAGCUACUAGCAAUAACUGAAGAACAAUAGAAUUUCUGAACAAGAAAUUGCUGAUGUGCUAUUGUAAGCGUGACAAAUGGGAGUGAAGAUUGAUAGUUGUGUUCAAUAUAUUGAUGUAAUUCUCUA